GUUUAUUAUAUUAAGUGUAUAUUUUAAUAUGCAAAUCUAUUUUCUGAGAACAUUAUGAAGUAAAGACUAUUUUUAGUUCAAGAAAAUGAAAAAGACAAUUAUUUCUCUUAUUGGACUUCUUUUUAUCACUAAUAUAUGCUUUCAUUUGUUCAUAUGGACUGGAAUAGUUGCUAAACAUGAGAGAAAAAAUCAUCAGGCAAUGGCACGUAUGCAGAUAAAGUAUGCAGAUUGGAAAGCAUCUGAGAAUAUCACACAGGGAGGAGGUAUUUCUUCUGCUGCGAGAAUUUCCAUUUUUGGAACUAAGGUGAACGGUUAUAAAUCUGGGAAGAGUAAAUUUCCUGCAUUACAAACACUUCAAUCAACUUCAAAUAAUUUUUCUGGAGUCUCAUCAGCAAUUCUUUCAGAGGUUGCCCAUAGAAGCAAUAUAGAAAGUUAUAAAAUCCAUAAUAAAUUAAAUCCCACUGUUGUUAUAUAUAACAGAGUGCCGAAAUGUGCUUCUACAUAUAUGCAAACACUUCUACAGAUAGCAUCAAAAUAUUUUGGAUAUUCAGUCAUAAAAUCAAAAGACUAUCACACAUGGCAUUUGAACAAUAAACAAAUUAAAGAAUUUAUCAAAAAAAUUAAAACAUUGACAACUGAAACAUAUCCAGGUAAGGAUAACCAAAUAGUACCUUUGAAAUACAUAUACAACAGACAUCUAUAUUACGUUGACUUCAGUCACUUUGGGAAACAUCAGCCUAUGUACAUUAACAUCAUUAGGGAUCCUUUUGAACAAGCCAGGUCUCUGUACUACUUUAACAGACUACAAGGACAUUAUUCAAGACUACCAGGAAAAUAUACGGAAUAUCAAAAGAACCUAACAUUUGAACAGUGCGUAUCAGAAAAUAUGGAGGAAUUAAAAAACUGUGACGUGGACACAGAACUAUAUGUGAAAUGGUUCUGUGGGCAUGACUCCAAAUGCUUUAUGGAUAUAGAUUAUGCUAUAGGUAAAGCAAAGAAACACAUAGAUACUCAUAUAUUAAUAGGACUCACUGAAGACCUUCCCAAUACACUUAAAGCAAUGGAAAAAUUACUGCCAACAUUUUUUCCUACAAUAUCAGAAAUUUAUAUGAGGAAUAAGAUUCGCAACUCUGGGAACGGUUCUUUGAAUGAUAUACCAUCAACAGAAUUUGUUGAAAUGAUGAAAAACAAAUUAGUUUACUCAUAUGAGAUUUAUACCUAUGUGAAACUAAAAUUUUAUAGGACUUUAAAGGAAUUGAAGAUUAUCUAAUUGUAUGAGAGUUCAAUUCUUCAAGUUGUUUUUGAUAUGAAUUAUCAUAACAAAAUUCCAAGCCAAACUGCUACCACAAAAAAUAUGGUUUCUAAUACAUUAUUGAAGUUGUUAUUCUUGGUGGGGGCAUAAAAACCAAAAUUAAUCAUUGCAAAAAAGCAAGUUAUGUUGGAUGUUGAAACGUCCAUCGAAUAAACCAAUUCAGUUCUGUGAAAAAGAAAUUGUGCUUAACACAUUAUGAUUCAAAAUACUCUGUUCCAAAUUGCCUAGCACGGAUCAUACACCUUCUUGGUGGAAAUUCAAGAUGGCUACCGAAAUCAUCAUUAAUACUACAUAUAUUUUCCAGAACUAUCAGACCCAUUCUUGAUUUGACUUGGAUUGGCUCACCUUUGUUAGCAGUGUGUGUUCCACUUUUUUGUCAAUUAAUUCAGAUUGAAGUUGGGCCACUUUUCCUUUAAUAUAUUCCUUCUUUUUAACAUUCUCAAUCCGACUUCUAAAAAUACAAUGAACACAACAAUAUGUACAAUACAUUAUACCUUGGUCGCAUUUGCUCCGAAUCAUGGGCCAGUGUGAAAGAAAUUAUGGUCCCCUUUCUAAACAGCCCUUACUGGCCCUGAUUGCUUAUAAGAUAAUAAGGGAAAGAGUUGUAUUUAGGUCACCAUAUAAAUCAAUGGAGAGUAGGACCAUACUUUGAUAGGACCUCCUACCCUUUAACACGGGAAUCCAGCUGAUUAAGUAUUUUGUUCAAAAUUGUAUUCAGUUUUGAGCAAAAUAUGCAAUCGGCCAGGCGCCAGACAAUGAAUCAGAGCAAAUGUGACCCAGGGACUACAGGGUGAUUCCUUAUAUUUUGAUGACAAAAAUCUUUUCUCCAAAAAGAGGCAAAAGUUUGAGUAGGAACCAAUGGUGUCAAUUAUUAGCAUAAAACUCCAUAAAAUUGACAUCGUUUAUUGAGCACUUCUCCCUCCUAGAGCACUCAUAAAUAAUUCCUGAUAGCAUCAAUACAAUACAAUAAUCAAUAUGAUAUAAACUUUCAAAGAAUUCAGGAAAACUGCUUUUAGAUGUACUCGUAUAUAUUUAAGCUGCGUUUCGUUGAAGUUAUAAGUAAUACACACAUACAUGUACCUGCAAUUCAAGCACUUCUCUGGCUGGUGUAUAGCAGUAGAAUUUGCCUGAAAUAUCAAAACUCCAGCAAUGAAUAACAAGGCAUUAAUAUGACAAAAUGUCACAAUAUUAUGAGUCCAAUCUUAAAUCAGAUUUGAAUUUCUGGAAACUUUUUGUAGAUAAUUUUGAAAAAAAAAUUGGUCAAUUUGAAGUAAGUUGAAAAAAUACCCUUUUGACCUUUUUUAACAUUUUUUACCUAGAGAAGCUCUUUGAAGUUAAAUUUUAAAUCUAAAGUCAGAUUUGAACUUCUUCUAACUUGUAGAUGAUAUUGAAAAAAAUUGAAGUCAGUCUAAACAGUAUUUGUUAAGUUAUUGGAAGUUGUAAGAAUUUAUGACAGACACCAACCACCAAACGCCGAUCACCAACUGCCACUCGUCGUUACAAAAAUUGGAGACCAUAACAACAUGUAAACACUUUUUGGUGGUAAAAAAUAGGUACACAACAUUCUUUUUUGAAAUCAGUGAAACCUUGAUAUUUGUGCACUACCCAAUGUGAACACUUUUCUCCAGUCACAUAUUUCCUUCUGUUGACCAAAAAACCUUCAAAUGUGAACAGCUCACAAUUAAAACAGAAUUCAACACAAAGUUUAGACAGGUUUUACUCGCUGUAACUUAAAUAUAAAAUCGAAUGCAGUAAGGAGUAGGCCUAGUCAGGAUUCUGUUUACCUUACUGAAGUUAUGAAGGAGGUUGGUUAUUGCAAGGCGAUCAACGAUUCUCCUGGGAAUGUACCUCUCUUGUCUAUCCUUCCUCUGCAAAUCCUCAUCUUUGGUAUCAAUCAAUGGUUUUUGACCUGUGGAAAAGUGGUAAUUUAAAUGAAUAUGUUGAUAUUGUUGCUCACGUGUAACACAAGUUCUAUAACAUAAUGUAAAAUUCUGUAUAGUUUUGAUUUAUUUUUAUGAAAAGGGUGGGCCAAAAAACAUUUUUGGGCUAUCA